ACCGGCCCGGGACCGGGACUGGGGCCGGGGCCGCGGCGCGCUGGGGCCGGAGCGGCGCCGGGCGGAGCCGGCACAGAGCCGGAGCGCAGCGGCAGCAGCAGCAGCGCCCAUGGAGCCCCCGGCCGGCGGCUCCUCCGGCGGCUCACCCUGCUCGGCCGGCAGCGACGACGACCUCGGCGUCUUCCUCCCCGCCGGUGCCCCGGCAGCCCGGAGACCCCGCCGGGCCGGCCCGCCGCCGCCUGCCCGCCGCCGUCGGCCCACCGGCCCGCGAGCCCACGCCGAGAAGAGCCGGAAGCACGUGCCGGAGAGGGGCUGCCCCGAAUGCACCGCGUGUCCGGUGGUGGCGAUCGGGGCCAAGCGGCAGCGGAGCGGCGACGCGGAGCCCAGCGGCGGCCUGAACCCCCCUCUGAAUCUGACCGACGGUGACCGGCUUUUUGCCCAAAAAUGCCGCGAGCUGCAGGGUUUCAUCCGGCCCCUGGCGGAGCUGCUCAACGGGCUCAGGACGGGGCGCUACGAGAAAGGGCUCAGCACCUUCCAGCAGAGCGUCGCCAUGGACAGGAUCCAGCGGAUCAUCGGCGUCCUGCAGAAGCCCGACAUGGGCGAGCGCUACCUAGGCACGCUGCUGCAGGUGGAGAUGAUGCUGAAGCUCUGGUUCCCCCACGUCGCCCCCAAAACCGCCGCGCCGGAGAGGUCGUGGCGGCGCGGUGACGCCCGGGAGGUCUCGUCCUCGUCGUCGUCGUCGUCCUCGUCGUCGUCCCCGUCCGCCGCCGUCCGUCCCGGCAUGAGCGUCACCUGGGUGCACGCGGUGCCCAUCUGCACCCUGCCGCUGCCGGGAGCUGCCGGCCCGGACCCCCGUGCUGCCGCCACCGCCGUCCUCUUCCUCCCGGCCCGCGCCGCCUCCGCCGGCCCCCGCCGCAGCGCCGGCGCCCCUGAGCCGCCCCGCUGCCGCAGCCUGCCCGGGCACCUCGGGGCCGCCCGGCCGGCGCCCUACGGACACGCCACCCCCCCGCCCGCCGGGGACGGCCGGACUGUGGAGCCCGCCGCGCCACCAGACGCGUGACCGCGCCGCCCGAACGCGCGGGUUGGCCUGUUUGCUCCUUCAUUUUUUUUUUCUCGGUUUAAUUAUUAUUGCCUUCUUUC